AUGGGACACAUAAGGCCGAGUAAAUCUCCUUUCACUUUAUCAAUUGUUUUGGUGAAGAAGAAAUAUGGUACACUCAGAAUGUGCAUUGAUUACCGUAUGUUGAAUAAAAAGACUAUAAAGAACAGGGAGUCUUUCUACGCCAAAGAGUCCAAGUGUGCAUUGGGAAUGGCAAAACUUUUGUAUUUGGGUCAUAUAAUCAGCAAAGAGGGAGUUCGCAUGCAUCCUGAUAAGUUUUGGCUUUACCCAAUUUCACCAAACCUUUUUGAGCUUCAUUGUGACGCAUGUGGAGAGGGUAUUGGUGCAGUAAUUAUGCAGGAUCGUCACCCUAUAGCUUAUGGGAGCAGGAAGCUUCGAGGUCCGGAGAGGAGCUAUAGUAUUUAUGAUAAAGAAAUGUUGGCCAUCAUGCAUGCAAUGACCAAGUUCAGGCAAUAUUUAGUUGGCAACAAGUUUUGUGUCAAAACUGAUCAUAAUAGUUUGAAGCAUUUUCUUGGACAGCGGGAUCUAAAUGAGCGUCAACAAAAGUGGGUCAACAAGUUACAGUCUUAUGAUUUUGACAUCUCCUAUGUCAAAGGGACUCAGAACAUUGUUGUUGAUGCUUUAUCUCGCUGCCCCCGAUUGAGCUCCAUGGCAACUAUGUACGAAGAUUGGAAACACUUGAUUAUAGAAAAAUAUGCCAAGAAUCUAUGGGCAUCUAGUAUUGUUGAUGGAACAGUAAAGGACAACAGGAUUUCCAGGCGAGUUGGCCAGGUGGCUUAUGAGUUAGAUUUACCGACUGAUAGUAAAGUUCAUAAUGUGUUCCAUGUGUCAUGCCUUAAGAAGGCAUUGAGACAACAAAUAGUUCCUUCUGCAGUUCCACCACCCUUAGAUCAUGAGGGGAAGUUAAUGCUAGUACCUGAGGCCAUUCUGGAGUUCAGAGAGCGUCAUUUGCAGAGAAGUGUCAUCAGGGAAUUUUUUAUUAAAUGGAAGGAUCUGUCGAUAAAGGAUGCUACUUGGGAGUGUGAUAGCAUUUUACAACAUCCAGCAUUGAGUGUGCUUGAGGACAAGCAAAUUUUGGGAGGGUGGAAUGUAAUGUCCCCAUCCUAG